AUGAGCAUUGACGGUGAAUUUCUGCGAAACGUUGAGGUGCGAACCGAUGAACGCUUUGGCAAUUCGCUAAGUGCACUUUCUAUUAUUCGUUCUGGAAAACUUAUUGGAGUUAUCGAUAAGGAGGCUACAAAUGAUCCGAACGCACUGCUUAUUUUGAAUCUUAUCAAGGAAGCAGAUGAUCGUAAUCAAGCUAAUAUAACUCUAAGGCAAAUCGACAACAGGGUAUGUUUCUAUGAAAGCAAAACACCGGCUUUGAAAACCAGUAGAAUAAUUUUCACCUUUCCUGAGAUAAGGCUUUCUGACCAUUGAAU